AUUGGGGUUAACAGUUCAAGAUCACUCGCCGAUCUUCAAAUUUCUGCUCAAAACAAAUCCGAAGUGAUUACUAAUCAGUGAAUUUCGAUCAUACUCCAACAAGAACAAUGCAAUUCUUCGGUGGCACAGAAAUCAGUCCAUCGCCGCCGGCGCCGACCGCAUCUGGGAACAAUGCCCACAUGCUAUACAUAUUCAACAGAAACGGCGUCGCUUUGCUUUACAGAGAAUGGAAUCGACCCCUCAAAACCCUCAGUCCACAGCAAGAUCACAAGCUAAUGUUUGGUCUCCUCUUCUCUCUCAAAUCCUUAACUGCUAAAAUGGAUCCCACCAGUGCUGAUAAAGGGAAUCUUGGGGUGCCGCAGUUACCUGGGCAAGGAUGUUCUUUUCACAGUUUCAGAACCAAUACUUAUAAAUUGAGUUUCAUGGAGAGUCCAUCUGGGAUUAAGCUUAUUCUCGUCACUCACCCAAAGACUGGUGAUCUCAGAGACUCCCUCAAGUACAUAUAUAACUUGUACGUUGAGUAUGUUGUAAAAAAUCCACUAUAUUCUCCUGGAACUCCCAUCAGUUGUGAGCUAUUCAAUAAAACUGUCGACCAGUAUGUGAGAGGCCUCGGCUAAUAUGGUACGUCUAUCGUCUCGAUUCUUGAUAUUAUACCUUACAAUAGUUUCAACAACUGUUUCAAUGUGAAUUUGUUGAUGUAUGAAUGACAUGCAUAUGUUUCUACAUUUUUUUCUUCAAAGUCUGUAAUUUGUGGUGAUUUUUAUUUUAUUUUAUUUUAUUUUUUUGUUUCCCUGAAUUAGUUGGAUGGGUAUCGAUUUGGACUUUUAUUUUGAUAA